UGACACUAGUAGUCGACAAAUCUCGGAAACUGUGCCUGUUAAUCAUUGUUUUUGACUGCUUAGAGUUAAUAUUGGAAAGCUAGAGCUUAAUAAAAAGUUGCGUAAAAAUAGAAUCAGAAUUAAGGUUUUGUGAAAUUCUGACGGGUGAAGUUCCUGUUGAAAUAUGGUGGCUACCAGUGUUCGCAGGAUAUGCUUGUGUAGUAGCCGGCUACUACCCUUAAAAUCAUAUCCUCUUCAAGUAUCGCCUGCGCUAUCACGGUUAUUAAUACAGAGACAAAGGUUGAUAGCAUGGGCUUGCCAAUUCAGCAGCCAGGUAGCCCAACCAGUUAAGGCACAUGCCAACAUUGGCACCAUCGGACACGUUGACCAUGGAAAGACGACACUGACCGCAGCCAUCACCAAAGUUUUACAGAAAGAUGGGUUAGCAAAGUUCGUGUCGUACGAUGCCAUCGAUAAAGCCCCAGAAGAAAAGGCCCGAGGCAUCACAAUAAACAUAGCUCACGUGGAAUACUCCACCGAGAAAAGACACUACGCUCAUACAGACUGCCCUGGUCAUGCAGACUUUGUGAAAAACAUGAUCAGUGGUACAUCUCAGAUGGAUGGAGCCAUCGUUGUAGUUGCUGCGACAGACGGUCAGAUGCCUCAAACAAGAGAGCAUCUCCUCCUCGCGAAACAAGUCGGAGUCAAGCACCUCGUGGUAUUCAUCAAUAAGGCUGAUAUGGCAGACAAUGAAAUGACCGAAUUAGUUGAAAUCGAAAUGCGGGAACUUCUAUCUGAUUUCGGGUUCGACGGCUUGGCAACACCGGUCAUUCACGGCUCGGCUCUACUGGCCUUAAACGGUGAUGAGAGCAGCCUUGGUGCCCCUUCCAUCAGGAAAUUAUUAGCUGCCAUCGACGAGUACGUCCCCACGCCACAACGAGACGUUUCAUCACCUUUCUGGCUGCCCAUCGACAGCGCUUUCACUGUACCCGGUCGAGGGACAGUGGUCACGGGAACCAUAAAGAAGGGGACGCUUAAAAAAGGUGACGAAACGGAACUUUUAGGUCACAGUUCUACCAUCAAAACAGUUGUAACGGACGUCCAGGUCUUCCGCAAAUCGGUACCUGUUGCCCAAGCUGGUGACAACGUCGGCCUGUUAUUGCGGUCUAUCAAGCUGCCUCAAGUUCAACGAGGAAUGGUGCUGGUAGCCGCUAACAGUGCAACGAUCGGCAAUCGUUACAAGGCGCAGCUGUACCUGUUAACGCGAGGCGAGGGUGGUCGUAGCAGGCCCAUCAUCUCUGGUUACAUCCAGCAGAUCUUCAGCGCAACUUGGAAUUUGGCCGUGCGGGUGGAUAUGCCGAGCGGUAAAGACAUGCUCAUGCCCGGCGAUCAUUCUGACGUCAAUCUCACCUUGCUCAAGCGAAUGGCUAUCGAACCUGGCCAGCCGUUUACGAUCAGAGAGAACAACUACAAUGUCGCGACGGGAAUCAUCACGGAGAAACUGAGUGACGCCACAUUAGUCAAGGGCGAUUCUCUGGACAAAGUUACUUUUAGUGACCAGUGACCACUUCAAUGAAGUGGAGUUGGAUGAAUAAAAAAUAUGUUUAGAAACUA